AUGAGUAAAAUUUUUACAUUUUCUGAUUUUGUGCCCCAUUUAAAUCUAUUAAAAGAUAUAAACAAUACUGGGAAAAAAUUAUCUAGUCGAUUUUCGUUCAGUAAUUGUGAGAAGAAUUUUUUUAAUGUUGUAUUUCCAAAAAAAGUAGUAUUUUUUAAAAACUUUGAUACAUCAUUUUAUUAUUGCUGUGAUUAUCUCUUAAAGCUCAAGGAAAAUGAAAAUUAUCAGUGUAUUUUUGAAGAAACAUAUCGAGAUUGCACCGAGAUUUGGGAUUUAUAUACGAAGGCAAAAGAUUUUGACUUUGCUAAAUACAAAAUUAUUUUUUAUAAAUUUAAGAGUGAAAAUCUCCUAAAUCACCUAUUAUAUAAAAUUUGUGAAAGUCCGGGUUCUGGUUCAUAUCCCAUAUUGAUCCAUAUAUUAGGUUAUUAUAAUAUUUUUAAUAAUGAUGAACUUAUUUUUCUUACACAAGAUACUUAUAAUAAGGAUAAAAUGCAAACAAAAUUUUUUUUUCAAAGUUUUUUUACUAAAGAGAAACUUUUAAAGAUUUAUUUUAUGAUGACACCGGAGAAUGAAGAAAUUAAUAAUUUGUUAUACACUCUUAUUUUCAAAGAAGCUGAGAAGUAUUUUAGAAAUUAUAAAAAGGAUGAACUUAGAAAUAUUGAAUUAUUUAAUGAUAUACAAGAGUUUUCUAAUUUAUAUUUAGGCCAUGAUAACAUGACUUUAAAUAACUUUUAUAAUAUCUUACUUGAAAAUUCACAAUUUAUAACUUUGUCAGGUGAAGAAAUAAUGACAAAAUUAUACGAAAGUGUGGCAUUACUAACUAAUUUAGAUGUUAAAUACAGUGUAGGACACGGAAUUGUUUAUUUUGAGAAAAAAAAUGCGCAGGAAAUGUUUAAAGAAUUAACAAUUGAAGAUUCCAAAAGUUACGUUGAAAGUUUAAAUAAAUGA